AUGACAGUGCCAUUCAGUAUACCCAUAUCCGACUUGGACUAUUGUCUAGAGCAGCUACUUGAUCAUAAACCUCCAAAGAUCCUUCCACCCGAAACCAUUCAUCAGCUCUGCCAUCAAUUAAAGACUCAACUAUUACAAGACCCCAAUAUAAUUUCGCUUCAAUCGCCUAUUUCCGUAGUGGGCGAUAUUCAUGGUCAGUACCAUGAUUUGCUAGAGAUUUUCAAAAUUGGCGGCUCACCGCCAAACACAAAUUAUCUUUUUCUAGGGGACUAUGUGGACCGAGGGUACUACUCCGUGGAAACUAUCUCAUUAUUGUUGGUGUUGAAACUACGGUAUCCGAAUCGGAUAAGUCUUAUACGAGGGAACCACGAGUCAAGAACAAUCACUACAAAUUACGGGUUCUACACUGAAGUGCUCAACAAGUAUAGCGGAUCUGCUGAUGUUUGGACAUAUAUCACUGAUUUAUUUGACUAUUUACCGUUGGGUGCCACGAUUGACGGCACAAUCUUUGCAUGUCAUGGAGGUCUCUCACCAAGCUGUCAACAACUUGAUCAAAUAAGAGCAGUGGAUAGGUUUCGAGAAAUACCUCAUGAUGGUAUAAUGGCCGACUUGGUGUGGUCCGAUCCGGAUGUUGAAAUCACGGAUUUCAAACUGAGCCCAAGAGGUGCAGGCUAUCUCUUUGGAAGUGAUAUAAUGAACAAGUUUUGCCACGAUAAUAAUUUGGUGCAAAUGAUCAGAGCACACCAAUUGUGCAAUGAAGGCUAUACCAGUUAUUGGAAGGGUAAAUGUUUGACUGUUUGGUCAGCGCCAAACUACUGUUAUCGAUGCGGCAACAAGGCAAGUGUGUUGGAAAUCACACACUCAUGUUAUACACAAAAAGCAAAUUUGCACUCAAAUGAUAUGAGUGAUCCCGAUAAUGUACUAAAUAGUGGAGUAGCGAUGUAUGACAAGACAAGAACCCAAAUUGAACAGGGAGUAUUACCAGGUCAAUAUUUCAAUAUUUUUGAAGCUUCACAGGAAAAUGACGAAGAUACAAUCAAUGGCAAAAGCGUUAAUGGGGUCAAUUUCGAUAACGAUCUAUUAGAUCUGCCGUCAAAUAACAAUUCUGAUUUUUUUGCUGCAUACUUUCAAGAAAGACCAAAAAGACAACACGUUGAAUACUUCUUGUAG